ACGCAGGCGCACUUGGAACCACCGGCGCCAGUUUCCCGAGACCGGCAGGUCACUUGUUUGUGUGCCGCCCCUCCUCUCCCCGCCCGCUGUCCCGGUCUUGCCGAGCAGUACUCGGGACGCUGCCAGUGUGUGCGUGGUGCAGGCUAGACUCAUGGCUUCGCCGCUGAGGUUCGACGGGCGUGUGGUCUUGGUCACCGGCGCCGGGGGAGGAUUGGGCCGAGCUUACGCCCUGGCGUUUGCAGAAAGAGGAGCAUUAGUCAUUGUGAACGACUUAGGAGGGGACUUCAAGGGAAUUGGUAAAGGCUCCUCUGCUGCAGACAAGGUUGUGGCAGAGAUAAGAAGGAAAGGCGGAAAAGCAGUGGCCAAUUACGAUUCAGUUGAAGCAGGCGAGAAGCUUGUGAAGACGGCACUGGACACAUUUGGCAGAAUAGACGUUGUGGUCAACAAUGCUGGAAUCCUGAGGGACCGUUCCUUCUCCAGGAUAAGUGAUGAAGACUGGGAUAUAAUUCAUAGAGUUCAUUUGCGGGGCUCCUUCCAAGUGACCCGGGCAGCAUGGGACCAUAUGAAGAAACAGAAUUAUGGAAGAAUCCUUAUGACUUCCUCAGCUUCUGGAAUAUAUGGCAACUUUGGCCAGGCGAAUUAUAGUGCUGCAAAGCUGGGCAUUCUGGGUCUCUGCAAUACUCUCGCCAUUGAAGGCAGGAAGAACAACAUUCAUUGCAACACCAUUGCCCCCAACGCUGGGUCACGGAUGACGGAGACUGUGUUGCCGGAAGAUCUUGUUGAAGCCCUGAAGCCAGAGUAUGUGGCCCCUCUGGUGCUUUGGCUUUGCCAUGAGAGCUGUGAGGAAAAUGGUGGCCUAUUUGAGGUUGGAGCAGGAUGGAUUGGAAAAUUGCGCUGGGAGAGGACCCUGGGCGCCAUCGUCAGAAAGCGGAAUCAGCCCAUGACUCCCGAGGCAGUGAGGGACAACUGGGAGAAGAUCUGUGACUUCAGCAAUGCCAGCAAGCCGCAGACCAUUCAAGAAUCAACAGGUGGUAUAGUCGAAGUUUUACAUAAGGUAGAUUCAGAAGGAAUCUCACCAAACCGUACCAGUCACGCGGCACCUGCAGCCACGUCAGGAUUCGUUGGUGCUGUUGGCCAUAAACUUCCUUCAUUUUCUUCUUCGUAUACGGAGCUGCAGAGUAUUAUGUAUGCCCUCGGAGUGGGAGCGUCAGUCAAAAAUCCAAAGGAUUUGAAGUUUGUUUAUGAAGGCAGUGCUGACUUCUCCUGUUUGCCCACCUUCGGAGUCAUUGUCGCUCAGAAGUCCAUGAUGAAUGGAGGGCUGGCAGAGGUUCCUGGGCUGUCAUUCAACUUUGCAAAGGCUCUUCACGGGGAGCAGUACUUGGAGCUGUAUAAGCCACUUCCUCGAUCAGGAGAAUUAAAAUGUGAAGCAGUUAUUGCUGACAUCCUGGAUAAAGGCUCUGGCGUAGUGAUUGUUAUGGACGUCUAUUCUUAUUCUGGGAAGGAACUUAUAUGCUAUAAUCAGUUCUCUGUCUUUGUUGUUGGCUCUGGGGGCUUUGGUGGAAAACGGACAUCAGAAAAACUCAAAGCAGCUGUAGCUGUACCAAAUCGACCUCCAGAUGCUGUACUGAGAGAUGCCACCUCACUGAAUCAGGCCGCGCUGUACCGCCUCAGCGGAGACUGGAAUCCUCUACACAUUGACCCGGACUUUGCGAGCGUUGCCGGUUUUGAGAAGCCCAUAUUACAUGGACUAUGUACCUUUGGAUUUUCUGCAAGGCAUGUUUUACAGCAGUUUGCAGAUAAUGAUGUAUCAAGAUUCAAGGCGAUUAAGGUUCGUUUUGCCAAACCAGUGUAUCCAGGACAGACUCUACAAACUGAGAUGUGGAAGGAAGGAAACAGAAUUCAUUUUCAAACCAAGGUCCACGAGACUGGAGAUGUUGUCAUUUCAAAUGCGUACGUGGAUCUCGUGCCUGCAUCUGGAGUUUCAACCCAGACACCUUCAGAGGGUGGAGAGCUCCAGAGUGCUCUUGUGUUUGGGGAGAUAGGCCGCCGCCUCAAGAGUGUUGGCCGUGAGGUGGUAAAGAAAGCGAAUGCUGUGUUUGAAUGGCAUAUCACGAAAGGUGGGACUGUUGCAGCCAAGUGGACCAUUGACCUGAAGAGCGGCUCAGGGGAGGUGUACCAAGGCCCCGCAAAGGGCUCUGCUGAUGUGACCAUCAUCAUUUCCGAUGAGGAUUUUAUGGAAGUGGUCUUCGGCAAGCUUGACCCACAGAAGGCCUUCUUCAGUGGCAGGCUGAAGGCCAGAGGGAACAUCAUGCUGAGCCAGAAACUACAGAUGAUUCUUAAAGACUAUGCCAAGCUCUGAAGGGACCCACUGUGUGCUGUUAAAGGAGUCAAUAAUUAAAUACUGUCUACCCAGCUGAGCCGCAGCCUUCUGCGAUCCACAGGAGUGUGCAGCAGAAAUCGCUUCACAUUUCCAGAUUCAGAUAACUUGCAUAUUUUCAUUUUCUACUAAUUUUUCACAUAUUUUUACAAGGAACUGUAAUCUAGGUAGCAAAAUAAUCAUUCUGUUCAUAGAUCUGUAUCUUAAUAAAAAAAAUCAACCAAGUCUGGUUUCUUUAGACUUUGUAAAAGCAUUAGUAUGUGAAAGGAAAACGGAAUGAAUAAAAGCCACUUUACCGCUUGUCUCCC